AUGCAUUUAAUCUUUUCUUUCUUUCUUUCUUUCUUUCUUUCUUUCUUUCUUUCUUUCUUUCUUUCUUUCUUUCCUUCCUUCCUUUCUUUCUUUCUUUCUUUCUUUCUUUGUCAGCCUACAACUCAUUUCUAUCUCUCUUUAUCAUAUUAUGGUCUUUCUUUCUUUUUUUUGUUUUUUUUCUUUCUUUCUUUCUUUCUUUCUUUCUUUCUUUCUUUCUUUCUUUCUUUCUUUCUUUCUUUCUUUCUUUCUUUGUCAGCCUACAACUCAUUUCUAUCUCUCUUUGUCAUAUUAUGGUCUUUCUUUCAUUCUUUCUUUUUUGUCUCUUUCUUUCUUUCUUUCUUUCUUUCUUUCUUUCUUGUUUACUUUUUAUCUUUACACACACUCACAUUCCCUCACUCUUUUUCCUUCUCGAAUUACAAAAAUCCUUUUUUCUCAACAUCUCUAAUUAAGCUGACGUUAGCUUUUUAUCACACCAAGCAGCAAUUUCCGUUAUUGAAAAAUUGGAUUUCACUCCCGACAGCCACCCCUAACCCCACUAAACAACAUCCCCACAAACAGCGCUUCCCCUUGAGCCGCCCCUCUGCUCGUCGCCAUCCCUCGUACACAACAUCCAAACUUUGA